AUGACGACGACGACCACGGCUGCAUUCAUGGCUCGAGCGAACCCGAGGUCGUUCGGGCGCAUCCUCCUCGCGCAUCGUCAGCGAGCGCUGAGCGAGGGACGGUGGACGAGACGCUCCGUCGUGGUCGUGACGAACGCAUCGGGACAAUCCGCUCCGGGAACGGCGCGGGCGAACAGAGGAAUCGGGGGGACGCCGCUCAUUCGCUCGGACGCGGCGACGGGGCCGACGCUCGCGAGGAACGCGCGGUUGGUGUACGGAUCAGCGGUGAGCGAGACCGUCGAGAACGGCGGAGAGAGCGGUACCGAGGGACGAGAUCUCACAAAACUCUGGCUCACGAACACGAUGACUCGGAAGAAAGAACUCUUCAUCCCCAGGGACCCGGCGGGGAAAAAAGUGCAAAUGUACGUGUGCGGAGUCACCGUGUACGAUUAUUCGCACAUCGGUCACGCGCGCGUGUACGUCGCCUUCGACGUGUUGUACCGCCGACUCAUGGGCUUAGGAUACGACGUGACGUACUGUAGGAACUUCACCGACAUCGACGAUAAAAUUAUCAAGCGCUCAAACGAAAGCGGCGAGACGUGCGAGGCGCUGACCAACAAAUUCAUCGACGCUUUUCACGAGGACAUGACCGCUCUCGGCUGUCUCCGACCGACACUCGAGCCGCGAGCGACGGAGUGCGUCGAUGACAUCAUCGCUUUCAUCGAGCGUUUGAUCGCCAAGGGAAACGCGUAUGAGGCAAGUGGUGACGUGUACUUCUCGGUUGAUACCCUUCCAGCGUACGGCGCGUUGUCUGGCAGAAAGCAAGACGAUAAUCGUGCCGGCGAACGCGUGGCCGUGGACGAACGAAAGAAAAACCCGGCCGAUUUCGCCCUCUGGAAGACGGCGAAACCGGGUGAGCCGACUUGGACGAGUCCCUGGGGAGAUGGUCGGCCCGGCUGGCACAUAGAGUGCAGUGCCAUGAUCGAAAAAAUGCUCGGUCCGACGAUCGAUAUUCACGGUGGCGGACAGGAUUUGGUUUUCCCGCACCACGAGAACGAGCUCGCGCAGUCUUCGGCCGCGUGCGGAUGCGGGGCACACGCGGAUGAAAAUCCAUUUGUGCGAUACUGGGUGCACAAUGGGUUCGUCAAGGUGGAUUCUGAGAAGAUGUCCAAGUCACUAGGGAACUUUUUCACGAUUCGAGAAGUUUUGGACAAAUAUCAUCCGUUUGUCCUUCGAUUCAUGCUUCUUGGCGCGCACUAUCGAGCGCCCAUCAACUACACGCAAAGAGCUCUGGAGGAAGCUUCGGAUCGCGUGUACUACUUGUAUCAAACGCUCCAAGACGUCCGAAGCGUCAUUCGCGACGCCGCUGUCGAGGAGGAUGCGACAAAACCCGUACCGAUGGUGGCAGACGCGUUGAAGCUCGCAAAUGAGACGGAGAAGCAAGUUUUGGAAUCGUUGAACGACGACUUGAACACUCCGGCGGUGAUGGCGACGCUCUCCGCACCACUCAAGUCGAUGAACGAUUUCAUGACUACCAAGGCUGGGAAGAAGGCUGUAGGUAGAGUUCGAGCCCUACAAGCGCUUUUGACCUCCAUCGAGGGCGUGCUAGAGGCUGUUGGUAUGCCCAGAGGUGAGGAAGAUGUCUUUCUCGGUGAACUUCGAGCGAAAGCGUUGCAUCGCGCAGGUCUCACGGAAGACGCACUGUUAGCUAAAAUAGAAGAACGCAAGAAAGCGCGCGACGCGAAAGACUUUGCAGAGUCUGAUCGCUUGCGUGAUGAGCUUUCCGCGCGCGGUAUCGGUCUCAUGGAUGGCGCGGCGGUGGCCUGGCGUCCCGUCCCGGUGGUUGACGCAUAG